UCCUCCCGCAUCCCUCUUCCACCAACCGCGGCCGCCGCCGACAACUUCUCCGCCUCGCCGCUCGAUCCUACCUCGGAUCAUCAAUAGUCGCUGCCACUGAAGAAGCAAUUGCGGUCGUUGAGGUUCGCCGUCUUCCAUCUCCUCCCACGCACGACGGUGCGGGGAAACCGGAGCCGUCUCUCCGAGUCAACAAUGGAGGGUCUGCUCGACAAGCCCCUGAACCCGAACAAGCUCCUCAAGGAGCAGUUCGUCAGCAACCUGACGGGGUCGUCCCUGCUGGAGAUCGCGGCUCUCUCCACUAUCGUGCCGGCAGUGGUGGUUUUAAGGAAAUGGAGCAGCGGAGACAAUAUUAGGAAGGAUUCAGUGAAGAAAAAUGAUGAUGCUCCUCGCGGUCAGAAAGAUUGGGUGCAUUACUUUUCAUCGCUGGCUGCAGACUAUCUCACGGUUGUAUUGCCAAUACUUCUGAUUUUCACGGUCUUAGCUGAAUGGGCCUAUAUUUGUGCAUUUUCUCUUGUAAUUGUGAUAUCUAUCUGCACCAUCUAUAAAAGAUCCCAAUUUCAUCUCAAGGCUCACCAACAUAACCUGCCUUCACUUAGGACAGAUAUAUCUUCUUACCGGGUGUCAGUGAUUCUAAUGACAUGCUUGUCCAUAUUGGCGGUGGAUUUCAAAAUCUUCCCUAGACGGUAUGCCAAGGCUGAAACAUAUGGUAGUGGCAUGAUGGAUCUUGGAGUAGGUUCUUUUGUAGUGGCUAAUGCACUGGUAUCUAGAGAAGCACGGAGCAUAACCGCGAUGAGAUGGAAGGCAUCCCUGAGGUCCAUAAGUCCUCUAGUGUUUCUUGGCUUUGCUCGUCUUAUCUCCACAUCAGGGGUUGAUUAUCAGGUCCAUGUAGGAGAGUACGGUGUCCACUGGAACUUCUUUUUUACCCUAGCAGCAAUUUCCAUCCUUACAUCCAUUAUCAGGAUUCAUCCUAAAUAUUGUGGGGUUGUUGGUCUGCUUGUUCUUGCAGGAUACCAAGUAUGGCUAAGUUUUGGGUUGAAUGAGUACCUCAUUUCCAAUGAGAGAAGUGCUGAUAUCAUCAGCCAGAAUAAGGAAGGCGUGUAUAGCAUAUUUGGAUACUGGGGUAUGUACUUUAUUGGUGUUUCUCUAGGUUACCAUGUGUUCUUUGACACUAGUCCAAAAUUCAAGAGUAGGAGUACUCAAGUGGUAAAAGUCUGGGUUCUUGCGGCAUCUUUUUGGAUUUUGACGAUCAUUCUUGACGGCUAUGUUGAAAGAGUAUCUCGACGAAUGUGCAAUUUCGCUUAUGUUAUGCUUGUGUUUGGUCAGAAUUUUCAGGUUAUAUCAAUUCUCACACUAGCGGGAUAUAUCUCAUAUGACAAGAACUUGAUUCUUGAAGACGCGUUUAAUCAAAAUAUGCUUGGCUCAUUCCUUCUGGCAAAUAUCCUUACUGGUCUAGUAAAUCUAUCAGUUGACACACUUGCUGCCUCUUCCCUCACUGCCUUCAUUAUAUUGUCAGUAUAUACCUCUAUGCUGUGCAUGAUUGUUGGUCUUGCUCAGUUUUGUGGUGUUAGGAUGAAAUUUUGGUGAAUUGUGGAUAUAGUUGGCAUUUUCUAUUGUAUUGAUUAGUUUUUCAGCAAGGUAGCUUACUCCUGGCAUAAAGCCAAGUUGCUAACCUAAUUAGUUUUUCGUGUGUGCUGUAGACUUAUGUCUAUAUUCUGAUUCCGAUUUCUAACAUUUUGACUACAUGAAAGCAUUUCCCAAGAGCUGUGCUCAA